GGGUUCACGAGGGUUGAGCUAAUACUUUAACUUUGGGGAAUUUUCAACCUUUGAUUUUUUUUGUGUUUGUUGAGUCUUUGUGGGUCUUUGUCAUUUAUAUAUUUGUUGCGUGUUGCUUGUUGCGUGUUGCUUGUUGCUUGUUUGCUCAUGGUUUUAGUGGUUGCUUUGAUUGUUUUGCCUUUGAGUAGUUAUCUUGCUACAUCUUGACAUGCAUCAUACCUUGUUAACAUGUUCAGGCAUCAUAUCAUCUCACAUGCUCAUCCAUCAUUGAUAUAACAUGCUUAUUCAUCAUGCAUCAUGCCUAUAUGCUUGCUUGCUUGUGUGUGGAUAUACUCACCUUUUACACUUGGCUAUGGAGUACUCAGUGAGUCUCUUCCCUUUUGUGCGAUUAUUUAUAUCUUGUUGCAUGCUAAGUGUUGGUUGCUUUUGUGUUACUAACCUUUUGCAUUUGGCAUGGGAGUACUAGGUGAGCCCCUUCCUGUUGUGUAAGUAGGUGUGUUUCUGAAUGCUAUAUCUGUUGAGUGUUUUAUAUACUUUAUUCGAUUGUUGUGGGAUAUAUGUUGCUAUUUUGUUUCCAUUGUGCAGGUUAUUGGAGUGUCAUGCCCCUUGCACACACUCACUCUCAUUUUGCAUUAGGUCCGUGUCGGAGGUGAACCCGACCUCUAGUCUGGAAUCCUUAUGAAUCUGGCUUGGAGGAGCAAUUCUUCCCGCUUUGAGGAGUAAGAUUGGUUCUCGUUAGGUUGUUUCCAUUGGUUAAUACGACACUCGAUGAUGUAAUAUCAUUCUGUGUAUUAGCUUUUGGAAAUAUCUCCCGUUGAUUCCGAAAGGAUAAAUGGUUGAGAAGGCCUAAUGCCCUUUAGGAAAACAUGUAAUGGCCUUAGAGAGAUACCAACCCUAAGACAUGUUUCCCUUAGCAUCCCACCUGUGAGGUUAGGGAUCCUGUGUCUAAGACACAAAGGGGCAUUUUUCUUCACUAACUUUGUCUCCGCACAUGACAGGUACAGAUUCUCAUAUGCAUCUGAGGUAUGAUUAGUUAUUCAUCUUCUGCAUUUAGACAUCAUUCUUGAGGUAAGGAGCAUUCUAUGCACUUGGUAUCUUCACUUUCAACCCUAUGCAAAAAAAAAAAAAAAAGAAAAAAAAAAAAGAAGAAGUUGAUGAUGGUUUCACAUGUCAUAUCCCAUUUCACAUUAAAUCCUCCAUAUGUCUUGCAAAUUUCACAUGUCAUGUGUCCAUUGUAUUGCAUUUUCUAUCUCAUGCAUUGCAAAAUAUAGUUUCAUGUUCAUC